CACCAGUCAGAGUAGCAGGUCGAUCGUGUGUGCUCCGUGAAAAACGUCGUUUUGUGUGGUGAAAAGUGCAGAAAUUGGUUCUAAUGUGAUCGCAGUCGUCGCGUAAGUGCAGUCGUGAAACGUAAAUCGCCGUGGAACAUGGAUGCCCAAAUGGAUUACAGUGAAAAUCAGUGAAAUUUAGAGGUGUCGAUACGCCUUACUGACUGCCUAGGGAGCGAAAUACACGACGAACAGAACUCACUUCUGGGGAGGAACUCACCCAGCACGUUAGUGUGGGUAAAAAAAAUACAUUGAAAAUAAUUGCGUGUGUGUGUGUGUUUGUAUGUAUUGGUUCGGAUCGUGGUGAGAACCGAACACGGCACUCUUGUGCGAGAAGGUCUUCGCUUUUGGAUCCGUCAAACGAGUACCAGAAGUUGACUAAAAUGGUGGAAGUGUUUUGUGAAUAGUGCGAAGAAAAAUGAUAAUUUCUAAAGGAUUUCUCUGACAAAAUGGAUUUAAACUGUGUCAGAAUGGAAGAUCAAAGUGUCGUGAACAGGAAUAUUCUGGUUCCAGAACUUUAUUUCCUGAUUUCCAAGUUUUUGGCCAACGGACCGCUGCAGGAAACUGCCAAGGUUUUGGCCCAGGAAUUGGAGCAUUUAAAUAUCUUACCCCGCCGUUUGGACUGGACCGGCCAGGAGCAUCGCCAAACGCUUGACGAGUUGGAACGCAAAUAUCCUCAUGUCGGACCGCAGCACCUGGUGGAUUUAUGUUCCCGUAUUGGACCACUUUUGGACCGAGAGCUGGCUCCGGCCGUUCCGGGAGUUCUGUCGCUGCUCGGAGCGGGCCGUCAAAGUGUUCUGAGGACCAAGAAAAGCGUGACCUGUCCACGACCACUGGUCGACUAUUAUGCCCGGAUACAUCACAUGCCGUUGGCCGAUGCGGUCCACCGGAACAAUACUCACAACAUUGUCAAAGUGUUGUACGGCCGGGAAAGCGCCGGCCCGCUGAUUCGUCGACAGGCAGUUCCUACUUCAUUCUUUUCGAAACAGACCCUUCAACGAAGAACACUGGGUCACCUGUCGGCAGUCUAUUGCGUCCUGUUCGAUCGGUCGGGAAAAUACAUCAUCACCGGAGCAGAUGAUCUGCUGGUGAAGCUGUGGAGUGCAAUCGAUGGAAGACUGCUGGCAACGUUCCGCGGAGCAUCGGCUGAGAUUACGGAUAUUGCCAUCAAUUUGGACAAUACCAUGCUGGCAGCGGGAUCCCUGGAUAGGAUUUUACGCGUUUGGGAUUUGCAGUACGGCGGACCGAUCGCUGUACUGUCCGGACAUACGGGAAUGAUUACGUCGGUCAAUUUCUGUCCGUCACCUAAGGCUGAUUUGCGCUACCUGGUGACGACCAGCACGGACGGGUCGGUGGCAUUUUGGGAAUAUACCACCCGCGGUGGAAAGGCCAAUUUCAAUGCCAAGCCAGUUAUGUACCAUGAAAAGUUGAGACCCGGUCAGGCGCAGAUGAUUUGUGCUUCGUUUUCACCAGGAGGAAUAUUCCUCGCUGCCGGAUCGGCCGACCAUCACGUUCGAGUGUACCUGAUGUCGGAAGAUGGACCGAAGCGGAUAUUGGAAACCGAAUCCCACUCGGAUACGGUCGAUUCGAUACAGUGGGCACACAGCGGAUUGAAGUUUAUCUCCGGCAGCAAGGACGGUACGGCACUGCUGUGGCACUUUGAGACGCAGCAAUGGAAAUCAACGCGUUUGAAUAUGACCGAGCGAUUGCCAAGCUGUCCACCGCAGACGCCGGAAGAAAUUUCCACGAAGCCAAAGGUAACGAUGGUUUCGUGGGACAAUACCGAUGAUUGGGUGAUAACGGCGGUAAAUGAUUUUACCAUCAAGAUCUGGAAUGCUCACACGGCGAAGUUGCAUAGAGUGUUACGUGGGCAUACAAACGAGAUUUACGUUCUGGAAUCACAUCAGAAGGAUUCGGGAGUGUUGCUGUCGGCAGGACACGAUGGUCAGUUGUUUAUUUGGGACAUCGUGCAGGGAGUUUCAUUGGCUAAUUUUCUGAAUCACAUCGAUGGUCAGGGAGAUGGAGGAAUAUUCGAUGCCAAAUGGUCUCCGGAUGGAAAUAUGAUCGCUGCAACAGAUUCCCAUGGUCAUAUUUUGAUGUUCGGAUACGGAUCCGGUCAUGAGAGGUUAAAGCAGCUACCAAAAGAGCUAUUUUUCCAUACAGAUUAUCGCCCAUUGAUACGGGACUCGUCUCAUCAUGUGAUGGACGAACAAACACAAACCAUGCCGCAUUUGAUGCCACCACCGUUCCUGGUGGACAUCGAUGGUAAUCCGUAUCCUCCAGGCAUGCAACGGUUGGUUCCGGGACGGGAAAACUGUCCAACGGAUCAGCUGGUUCCGAACAUUGCUAUCGGUGCAGGUGACGGUGAAGUGAUGCAGGAUGGUACCGCGUAUUCCAACAUUGAUCGGAUGAUUGAAGCACUGGCGAAUCGUCAAGCUGGGCCAGAAGGUGGCGAACAGGCUCCUGACUCUAAUAAUGAUCCCAACCGUGCCAGGAACGGCGAGAAUCAACCGAACGAUGUAAAUCGCCAGAAUGGUCGUCCAGGGGUGCAGCGAUUCUCUGGAAAUUGGCACCGUGAUGUGGCCUUCAAAUUCCAUCGCCGCCAGUACGUAUGUCAAAUGGAGCAUUCCAACCUGCAACAGCUGAAGCAAAGGAUCUACGCUGCCGGGCUUCAGGAACAUGAAAAAUACCGACGGGAGAUGCGGCGCCGUCCGCUUAUGAUCAAUACAUCGAACAACAGCAACUCCAACAGUAGUCAAGCCAACAGACGUUCGGGAGGACGCAACAACAAUCGUACGGUUCGACGUUCACAGCCAAAUGGAGAAGCCAAUGGAAGACAACCGCAGCCAGCUUACCGUACCCGAGCAGUACGCGAUAAUGAACCUGAACCGGAAGCAGCUCCGGAGCAGCAAGAAUCCUCUUCGUCCGAAAGCAGUAACAGUGAUGAUUCCACGGCCAUCGAGGAAGAGUUGGAUCUCUCGGGAUCGUCCAGCUCGGAUACGGACAGUACGGACUAUUCCGACUGGGUAUCGCACGAACCGGGACGAAAUCUGGAGCCACCAAAGAGAUCCAAACGUAAACACGUCCAACGGAGAGCCUAUUCGCCGCCGGAAAUCGAUCAACCUGGAUCGAGUAGCAGUGGCCGCCGUCCGAAGGUUCGCAAAAUUCCGAUCACUCGAGACGGAGAAAUCCCAGAGCCGUUCCGACCGCCCGAAUGGCUUUCGGAAGUUAUACCGAGAAAGGCGCCGUACUACCCUCAGAUGGGUGACGAAGUGGUCUACUUUCGCCAAGGGCACGCUCGAUAUCUGGACGCAGUGAGGACGAAAAAUGUCUACAACCUUGGCAACAAGUGCGAACCUUGGGGUUCGAUCGAUCUCCGCGAUCACGAACUCUGCAAGGUUAUCGGUAUCAAGUACGAGAUUCGUCCUCCCCGACUCUGUUGCUUGAAGUUGGCUAUAUUGACCCAGGACAGUGUAUCAACGGGUCGUUCGUUUGUCAUCAAGUAUCACGACAUGCCGGACGUGUUGGAUUUCUUAGUACCGAAGCAGACGUUCGCUACCUCCGUCCGACGCAAUUGGGGUCCAGGGGAUCGCUUCCGCUGUAUGAUCGAAGACGUCUGGUGGUUGGGUCAGAUCGAAUCUCUCAAUCAACUGUCAUCGGAGUUUCCGAAUUCGUUGUUCAUGUGCUUCCGCGUUCGAUGGGACAAUGGGGAGUACGAGUUUAUGAGUCCGUGGGAUUUGGAACCGAUAGACGAGAAUCGAUUGCCGGUGGAAGUCGGUGGUGCUGUUCCCGUUUUGCCCGAGGAGCUCCGGGCUACGUUGUACCAGCCGAAACCGGAAGAAUGGCCACGGGGUGACCGUGAUGCAUCCUGCCGGCGGAUCAUUGCCGGAUUGGAACAGGUAAUGGGCCUCGCCAUAGCGGAUCUAUUCCUGGCACCAGUGGACCUCAACAUCUACCCGGAAUAUGCCUUCGUCGUGGAGUAUCCAAUCGAUUUGAACACAAUCAAGGCACGGUUCGAAAAUCACUUCUACCGACGCAUCACGUCGGCCCAGUUCGACGUACGCUACCUGGCCACAAAUGCGGAAAAGUUCAACGAGUCUCAUAGCAACAUCGUCAAGCACGCUCGAAUCGUGACGGAUUUGUGUUUGAGGAUAUUGGGGGAUAUAAACGACGUGGACGUUCCUGCCGUGUACCAUCAGCUGGUGGAUACGUACCUCUCGUCGGAUUCGGAUAGUGAUAGCAACCGACCGGGACCUUCCACCAGCAGCAGCAACAACAACAGCAGCAAUCGACGUCCUCUCGCUGGUUCCAGAAGAUCUCGUCGACUGGUUCCCGAAGGCGACUGGCGUGUGGAUUGUCGUGAGUUGUUGGAGAUGGUUUGGCAGUGUGACGAUUCAGAACCAUUCCGGGAGCCGGUCGAUACUCUUCAGCAUCCAGAUUACCUGCAAAUCGUCGAUACGCCAAUGGACUUGAGAACAAUCAAGGAGGACCUACUGGGAGGAAAUUACGAAUCGCCGGUGGACUUCUGCAAAGAUAUGAAGCUGAUAUUCCAGAACUCACGCAACUACAACACAAACAAGCGGUCGAGGAUCUACUCGAUGACCCUUCGGUUGAGUACGCUGUUCGAGGCCCACAUCAAACCGAUCAUCUACAAUUGGAAAUCGGCAAGAAGGCGUGGCAAGGCGAACGCUGCCAAGCGAGUCGGAGGAAGUGGAACCGGAGGAGGAGGAGGAGGUGCCGGUGGAUCCGGUGGCAGUGGAGCACCAAAGAGUCGUCGCGAGGACCGUAGCAGUCGCAGUGGUGGUGCAGGGUCAUCCAGUCGACGAUCUAAUCAAAGUCAAAAUACGAGUGGGGCUUCAGCCCGGUCACACCAUUCGGACGAUGAUGGCGACGACGACGAUGAUGAUGACGACGAGGCGGGUCCACCAAGACGGCCAACCAGGAAUGGAACGAUUAUGUCCAGGAGGGUACCAGCGGGAGGAUCGAACGGGGUUUCAUCCAGUAGUAACGCAAUCGCUAUGGAGCCACAACCAGGACCGAGUAGAAGUCGAACAGCAGCAGCAGCAGCAGCUGCAUCAGCAACAGCAACGGUAGCAUCUUCAAGUCGGGUCACGCGACGAUCUCAGGAAGCGGAAGACGAUGAAGCGACUAUCAGCAGUAGUGAGACUGAAAGUUCCAGUGAUUCUAGUGACAGUAGUGAAGACAGUACCGGAGUUCCAGUGUCCCACAAAAGGGGAUACGAUUCAGGGGAGAUGUAUGAUCCGCAUAAGAAGAAACGACGGAGGAAAGCCAAACCGAAGAAGGCAAAGAAGAAUUCUGCUAAGAGUGCAGUUAGUUCGUCUACACCGAGAAAAAAACCCACUGGUACAAGCGAAUCCAGAGGGGAACAUUUCCUACCCGCCCGACAAGCACAAUCGCAAAGGCCAAGAAAUGGAACCAUUGCUGCUCUGGAAGAAGCGCCUGGCCCAUCUAGGCCGACCUACAGAUUAGAUGAUCAAGUAAAUCGAGAAGAGCGCAACAACAGGGAACGGGAGAGCGAUAAACCAAAGAGUAGUAGUGCAGCAAGUGGAAGUGGUCGAAGAACUACGCUGCGAAGUGCCCGGAACAACACUGGAAGCGACAGCGAAGAAGAAGAUGCUGGUGAAGGCCCAAGCAGCGGACGAAAACCUCUGAAGCGGCAUCAACGGUACGAAUCGGAUCAUAGUUAUCAUAUGGCUCGUCCGAAAACCGCACGGGUUAUUUCGGAUUCUGAUAAUGAAGAAGAAUCACCACGAUCCACCCGGGGAACCACCCGGAGGGCCCAAGCUGAAUGGGGCAGAAGCGAAGAUAGUCUGGAACCGCCAGAUGAUGACGAACAACCAUCGAAUUCUCAACCAUCUAGUCGAAGGAUGCGUCCCCGCAAUCGUACAUCCGAUCCGGAACAUAGCCCCGAAGAGACGAGCAAUAUCAGCAAACGUGGUUCGUCGCAACGAGCGGCUCCAGCAGCAGCAGUGCCGACUAGUAGUCGAGGACGAAAUUGGAUCGCAAGCGAAAGCGACAACAAUCAACAUUCACAGUUGCAAUCUCCUGAACAACCCAGUACAAGUUCCUCUGUUCCUUCGCGGGCCCGUAUGAUUCGCACUAAUGGACCUGUCAAAUCUCCUAGAAAAACGGAAAGCCUUCCCCCCAGCAACCGGCGGUUACGAAAUAUCUCUCGAAGUGAACCUUCCGUAACGCCACCACCUCACACCGUAGACCACAACUAUGGGGAACCUUCGUCCCGUAGGACACGCAAUCGGCAACAGCUGUCGCGUCACCAAAGAAACGCCGAUGAAUUGGAUCAUACUCCGGAGGAACACAGCGACGACGAUGAUGACGAGUUAAGCGAUGAUGACGCACCGCUAAGACCACGUGCUUGCACUCAAAUCAGUUCCCGAUUGCGAAGCAAAACCAAUUCGCCGGCCAAGCGAAAAAAGCCAUCUGCCACGUCCGAUGAGGAAGCACAGAAAGAGGAUUCCGACGAGGAGUUUGUCGGUGAUCCGGAGGAAGUCGAUUCGGAAGAAGAGGAAGCAACUGUUGACAGCACGGAUGAUGACUCGGAUAAUGUCCCAUUGGCUGCAACCUCGAAAUCUAGAAGCACUCGACCUCAAAUGCCGACCGGAAGCAGUAGAAGCAGCAGUAGUAGACCUGCAGCAGCAAAAUCGGAAGGAGGAGGCAUCAGUAGUCGUACGCGACAAAAAGAACGAUUCUCAUCCGAGGAGGAUUUGGGGGGUCCCGGUCCAUCAACGGUGCGAAAUACCCGAAAGCUGAAGCGACCACACUACAACGAGGACAGCGAUGAUGAUGAUCCAACCAGCCGGCAGCGGUCGAAACGACCGGCCUUGUUCGGUGGCGGAGGAGGGAGCCAACACCACCAGAACGGCAAUGGCGAUGGCAGUCACGGCGAAGAGGACAGUGACGCGAACAGUGAAGAUAACGAAGCCCUAACCAGUGUCAGCAGCCGCGGUCGGGUGCGGCGAAUCAACCCGAAGGCGAGGAAAAUAUUCCGGGAACAGUAGUCGCAGUAGAAGUAGUUGGCACCCCAGCCCAAAUUCCUCCCAAUAAGAAGUUGUACAGCUCACCUUUUGUAAAUUUGUUUCUUGUUUCGUAGUUUUGUAAGUUUCAAUCAUUGUUAGAUUUUAGGGAAAAAGAAAUGUUACAAGUAACCUACAACGGCGCAGAUAUAGAGCGCACUCAUAAACUGCCACCCUUUCGAAGAGACAUAGCACACGCUCUUUUUGAUUUUCGUCCUUUCAUUCCACAACAACAUCGAAUGAGAGCAACAGCAAACUCUAUGUAGCAGCUUAUAGACAUUUAUUUUUAAUAUAACGAGCGAUAAAAUAAGAAUGAUUACAAUACAAACUUCUAUCUACCUACUAAAGCUUCUUCAGCGCCGUUUGAACAAAAACUAACUUGUUUAAAGUUAAAUAAGACUGAUCGAAUUCAUAAAAAAAACAAGUUUAAACCCUAGAAGUUUUUCAACGUACGGAAAACGCAUUCGUUUCGAACAGUUCGCGGCAGCACCUUUCUUCACCUUUGAUUUUUCAACGUUGCAGUCGAGAAAUAGUCAGAUCAGAUGUGGGUUGUAGGUACGAGUAUCCAGAUUACUCCUACAGCCCGUGUUGUAUUUGAUCGAUUUAGUUUCUCUAUCUUUAUUUAUAAGUUUACGCAUAGAACUUUAUAUUGAAAAGCAGAAAUCCGUGAUUGCGUGAAGAGUUCUAUUAUAUGCAAAAUCAAAUAACUCGAUAGGGAUAAACUAUGCCGCCUAGUGAUUAAUUGUCAGAGUCAGAAAAAAUCGUGAAAAGGUAAGAUU